UCGAAAGUUCCCAGAACCCUAUUGAUGCUUUGGGGACUUUCCCUCUUCACAUUGGUCCAGUGUAAGUUCUGCCUCAUGUGCAUAGUAUUGUUUUGUAUUGUAUCCACAACGAGAUCGUGCCAAUAGAUCAAAGUGAGUUGUAAUCGUGUCGUUUCAUUUAAUGUGUGUCAACAUAAACAUUCCAAGCCCAACACACAUCUGUGGGGGCCCCUUAAUGUCCGUCAUCUAAAAAUGGAAUCACUAACAAUGGUAAUCACAGACCACCACCGAAUAAAACGGAUUGGAAUGAGUGGCGGCUACUAUUAUCGGAUGUCAAGCGCCAGUGGCCGAGAUAUUUUAAUUCCCUCACUGAAUUAACGAUGCAUUUCGGUGUGAAUUGGUUUGCUUUGCAAUUGUGGUGGAAUGUCGAUGAAUCGGUGAAGAGUUGGAAAUUUAAGGCCAUGAAAGAGAGGUACAGAAAACCCAAAAUACAGUCCUAUAGUAAGGAGCAAGCAUCUAUCUAAAAGAAGACCCUUUUAAAUUUACAUUGGGUUCGAUUUUGGGCCCAAAAUCUCACCUGAACCGCUCCUGUCAUCCAUUGUUUUGGGGGCAUCCGACGAUUCUUUGGAUAAUUGAGCUCCACAAACACACAAAAUAAUUGAAUUAAAAUCAUUAUGGGAAUUACCAUGGUCCACUUCUUGGUCAACAGCAACGGCGGAACAGUAGCCAACUUCUGGCCAAGCAGUACGGACACGGACACGGACACGGAUACGUGGCUUGGGAGAUCCGAUUGAUUCUCCAUAGAGACAGGAGCAUUAUGGUACUGCUGGAAGAGUUCUGUGUGAAGGUGUACUUCUGGCCGUUCCUCUCGUACCUGGCCAGCAUCAAGGGAUGGUGUCCGGUGUAUCCGCCAGGUUACUAUCCCGUGUACACGUGGCCACAGCCACAGCCACAACCGCCUGUGUUGCCUCCGCUGCCACCGACUGGUCCACUAAUACCGCCUCCACCUGCUCUUCCGUCCACACCUCCAGGGAUACCGACGUUCCAGCCAACGCCACCGUACCCACAGACACCGUUCACCCCACCGCUGAUCACGACGAGCAGCACCAGCUCCUCCACUUCCACCACAAUAGCGACUACCAGCACCACAACGGGUGUGACGACAACUAGCACCGCGGGAACCACCCUGCCCGUGCCCACCUGCCCGCCGCAGCCAUUGGUGUGCCUGCCCGGAGGCGUGCGUCCGCUGCCCAACUGCCCCUGCAUCGAUCCUCGCCAGAAUGCGCCCCUGGUGGCUGCCACCGGUCUGAUCGGUUCGGAUAUGAUGGUUUUCAUGCCGCUCAAUGCGGGGCGGCGGCGUCGUCGUCGACGACGGCCCCAGACCUGCUACGAUGCUCGCUCCCGGCCGGGCAACUGCCUGGCCCUGACUUCCUGCUCCCACCUGGUGGAGGAGUACCAGAGCCAGGUGGGCCAGUCGGCAGGCUCCAACGACUUUCGGUCGUUUCUGGGCCAGUCCAUAUGCGGCUUCGAUGGCUCCACUUUCAUGGUCUGCUGUGCCUCGGAUCGGUCUACAAAUGGCAGGAGUAGAAAGGAUCUACUGGUGACCACCACUGCACCCUUUGGCUUCUUUCAUUUCUCGCCUCUGGGAGGCGGCACCACCACCGGAAGUCCACCUGUGUUUCAGCCCACACCACCGCCGAUGCAGGGCCAAGUGGUGGUCAGACCCAGUCCUAAUCUUCCUGCUCUAGCUCCGGCUCCACCUCAACCUCAGAUUGCGCCCCAACAGCAGCUGGUCUGUGGCAUCAGUGGAGCCACCUCGAACCGCGUGGUGGGCGGCCAGGAGGCUCGAAGAGGAGCCUAUCCCUGGAUUGCCGCCCUGGGCUACUUCGAGGAGUCCAAUCGGAAUGCCCUGAAGUUCCUCUGCGGCGGCAGCCUCAUCCACUCGCACUACGUGAUCACCUCCGCCCACUGCAUCAACGGCCUGCUCACUCUGGUCCGCCUGGGGGCUCAUGAUCUGUCCAAGCCCACCGAGGCAGGGGUCAUGGACUUUCGCAUCCGUCGCACUGUCGUCCACGAACGCUUCGAUCUGACGUCCAUUGCCAAUGACAUUGCCCUGAUCGAGCUGAGUGGAGUAGCAGCGCCUCUCACUGCCAACAUAGCGCCCAUCUGCCUGCCCGAAGCGGCCAAGUUCCUGCAGCAAGAUUUCGUGGGCAUGAAUCCCUUCAUUGCCGGUUGGGGGGCCUCCAAGCACCAGGGACCCACGUCCCAGGUUUUGCGCGAUGCCCAGGUGCCGAUCGUGGCCCGUCAGAGCUGCGAGCAGAGCUACAAGUCCGUGUUCCGGUUUGUCCAAUUUAGCGACAAGGUGAUCUGUGCUGGCAGCUCCAGCGUUGAUGCCUGCCAGGGGGAUUCCGGUGGACCACUCAUGAUGCCGCAGCUGGAGGGCAGCGGCUACAGGUUCUACCUGCUGGGCCUCGUCUCGUUCGGCUAUGAGUGUGCGCGACCCAAUUUCCCAGGGGUCUAUACGAGAGUCGCCUCCUACGUUCCAUGGAUCAGGCAGCAGAUCUCAAUGGGGUAGGGGAGCACCAAAAACAGCUCACUUACAAAACGGGGCGUAUAGGCGGGGAUAAUGCAAAAU